AUGGGAUCCAAACGAGUGCAUCCAGCCUCUUCAAAGGCAGCAUUACCCUUCAAGACCGGUAAUAAAUUCAAGAGACAAGAUCUUCAUAUCAAACAGAAGAAGGCUCGCGAUAACGAUCGCAGAGACAUACGCUUCAAACGAAAGAGGGAAGAAGAUAAAGAUCCAGAGCUGAGAAGACAGCGAUUAGCAAAGCACAUUCCACAUACAAUUGAUAAUAAGCGUGUUUGGGACGAAGUAUCAGGUGAUGGAAAUGACCUCGGCAUCAGUGUGGAUGUCGAGCAAUUGAAGAGAAGGCGCAUAGAAGAGGCCGAGGCCGCAGAGCAAGAACCUCUGGACGAAGCACCCGAGGAAAAGGAUGACGAUGUCGACAGUAUGUUGGAUUCGGAUUCGGAGAAAGGCUCGGAUGAUGAGGAUGACGAAGAAUCCCAAAGUCGACCCCGAGCAGUGAGCAAUGCGCCUUCAACGACCAGCACAAACCUCGACCUCACACCAUCUUCCCUAUCUCUCAAAUUUCCUACACUCUUCACGGACGAACCUCCGCCAGCCCCAAAAAUUCUUCUCACAACCUCCUUGAACUCUACACUGCAUGCAGAAGCUCAUUUGUUAUGUACUCUCUUUCCAAACAGUAACUAUGUUCCUCGCUCAGCCCACAGAUACGGACACAAAUAUUCCCUUAGAGAAAUCUGCAAGUUUGCUGCGAAUCGCGAAUACACGUCCGUCGUUAUGCUUAAAGAGGAUGCCAAGGUUCCUACAGGUUUGACCAUCGUACAUCUACCAUCUGGUCCUACAUGUCAUUUCUCGAUCAAGAAUUGGGUUGAAGGGAAGAAAUUGCCCGGUCAUGGUAAUCCAACAAAUCACUACCCAGAACUUAUUUUGAACAACUUCCGCACACCUUUGGGAUUGUUGACUGCAAGAUUAUUCUUGACGCUAUUUCCACCACAGCCAGAGUUACAGGGUAGGCAAGUGGUUACGUUGCAUAAUCAGCGUGAUUAUAUAUUCGUGCGAAGACAUCGAUAUGUAUUCAGAGAUAAGCGCGAAACAGAAAAGAGCGUAGUAGGACCGGAUGGAAAGAUUGUGGAAGGUGUAGAAGGCAUCAGGGCUGGAUUGCAGGAGCUAGGGCCAAGAUUUACGUUGAAGUUGAGAAGAGUUGACAAGGGAAUUGGUAGAGCAGGGAGUGAAGGCGAUGAUGCAAUUCAAUGGCAAUGGAAGGCUGGAAUGGAAAAGGAAAGAACAAGAUUCAAUCUUUAG